UUUGCUCCCGCCCUGUGCGUGCGCGGCGCUUUCCGCUGCCGCGCGCUAAGGCCGAAGGCUCAGGAUUAGGAGCAGGAAAGGACUGGAAGCUGCUUGGCAGGCGGCCCGAGCGCGAGAUGCGGCCCCUGGACGUGGUGGAGCUGGCCGAGCCCGAGGAGGUGGAGGUGCUGGAGCCCGAGGAGGACUUCGAGCAGUUCCUGCUGCCGGUCAUCAACGAGAUGCGCGAGGACAUCGCGGCGCUGACCCGCGAGCGCGGCCGGGCGCAGGCGCGCAAUCGCGGCAAGCUGUGGGAGAUGGACAAUAUGCUCAUCCAGAUCAAGACGCAGGUGGAGGCCUCGGAGGAGAGCGCGCUGAACCACCUGCAGGGCGCGGACGGCGGCGCGGCGCCCAGGGCGGCCCCGCGCUGCGAGAAGGCGGAGGAGAAGGCCAAGGAGCUGGCCAAGAUGGCAGAGAUGCUGGUGGCGCUGGUGCGGCGGAUAGAGAAGGGCGAGUCGGCGUGACGCGCGGUUCAAGGCUAAUGGACUCUGCUCAACUGGCAAGGAUGGACUAACACCCGAGGAAAAGGAACCAGCUCAACGUUUUCUGCUUUGUUUUUGUAUUUUUUUCUACCCCUGUACAACAAUCUUUUUUAUGGUUCGUGUUGGUAACCUUGAUAUGGGUCAAAUAUAUUUGGUUCUGGAAAGAACUUUGUUGGAGAAAUAUUCUCCUAGGAGGGAUGGGGCUUAAAUCAAAAGCUGUUCAGUGGUCACACUUAGUUCUCGUUACUUUGCUAUGUUUUGGAAGUGUUGGGCAUGACCUCGUAUCUUGCUGUUGUCUGUGGGACCUGAUUGUUUUCUGGAGCUUGUGAAGACGGGGUCAGGAUCUUCCAGUGUGAGAGGUCCAGGGGAAGGCCCUGCACUACUUGGUUGUAGCCAGUGAAGGACGUACGGGUCAGACUGCCCUGCAAGAAGCCAGGAAGAGCCAGAAGACAGUGGAGGUGGAAGAUGACUGCGUGUAGUUCGGAACUUCAGUUCUGAGAUGAUGGAGGAGAGUUGUACUUUGUGGCACACUGUCUGCUGCUUAGUGUAUAACCUGCCGGGCAAAUUUAUGUGGACAAGCUAGCUAACACCAUGUGGUGACAGUUUGAAGAGGGAGCUACGGGGAACAUGUCAGUGUUGGAGUACCCUGGCAUAUUACAGGGACUUCAGAGAAGAGCAUCAGGACAAUCUACAAGGACUGGGGGGAGGAAGAGGCGUCACCGGGGCCGGGAAGGUCUCUUCCAGUCAUCAGGGUAAGUAAGACCCAACAGGUGUUUGAGGUCAGAAAUCAUAGGUGCACUCAGUGAUCAUUUGCCUUGCAAAACAAAGACUGGAAGGACCCCCCCUUUAAAUACAUAUGUAUAUUUUUUUGGUUCGAAUGACCAAAGCCCCUGUUAAUAAAAGAAUCAUAAGUUGG